CUGCCUGACCUGGUCUGUGGGCACCUCUGGGUGCAGCUCCCCAGCAGGCACCACCCCGCCCCACAGCAGCACAGGUUUUGCCGCCCUCCCCCCCAUUUCCUAUGCAAUGGCCUGCAGGGAUGGAAAGGUCCUGAGCAGCGGCCGUUGACCAGCAGCCCAGCGGGUUUGGGAGCCAGGAAACUGAUCCGGGGCUUCGUCCCAACCUGCCGUUUGUUCGGUCCCCUCCUUGGCAGACUCCAGCAUCACCUUGGACGAGGCUUCCCCCUCUCAGGGUGACCCCAGCUUCCAUCUCCUGUCUGCCAAGGGGCUGCGCUGCCGAAGGCAGGCCUAGAGGGGGCUGAGCAAGGAAGCAGCCAUGACCAGCUCCCCCGUCUCCAGGGUUGUGUACAAUGGCAAGAGGAACAGCAGCCCUCGUUCCCCGAGCAACAGCAGCGAGAUUUUCACCCCAGCUCACGAGGAGAAUGUGCGCUUCAUUUACGAAGCCUGGCAGUGUGUGGAGCGAGACCUUCACAGCCAGAAGGGCAGCGAGAGGGGCCUAGUGGAGGAGUAUGUGGAGAAGAUGCCAAACCCCAGCCUAAAGGCAUUUAAACCUGUUGACUUGAGCGAUCUGAAGAGGAGAAACACACAAGAUGCUAAGAAAUCCUAAGGCAGGUUCUGCUGCCGAUUGGCUGAUGUCCUGAGGUCCUCAAGCAAACUUAAUUUGAAGAUUUUUGUGUUGAUUUUCUCUGGUCUGUGCUCUGCCUGUGGAAGGGCUGGGCAGCUUUGGGGCUGGCUCUGAAGCUGCCCAAGUUGGAACUCCACUGCGGAUGCCUAGAGCAUGUUGUACUGGACUCCUGCCCCUUCCCUGUAGCUUCACGGCGGGCUGCCUUCCUCUUCCGUGUGUUGAGACCACAAAGUCAGCUUCCUCCUCCCAGCUGUGCCCUUGGCUGCUCUGAUGGCUGCCGAGUGGGUGGUGUGGUCCCCUGGGCUCUGGUGCUCGGCGGGCAGAGCUGAGUGGCUGCGUUUGGGCCAGUGGAGGCUACCUGGCGUUCAUCCCUUCCCCUGGCAUCAAGGAGCAGGUUGGCUGUGGAGAGGUUGUGGAGCAGGUGGGCAUGGUCAGAGGCUGGAGGAGCAGCAUGCCGUGUGGGUCCCAGCUUAGUGCCCCUUGCUGCUGUGUCUCCAGGCCAGCAGGUCGGCAGGCCUUCCCCACAGACUGGCCUCUCACCCUUCACCUCGCCUCUCCCCUCGUCAAAUAGGAGGAGGUAGUCUGAGCCCUUGGCACUUGGUUGCUAACAGCUUCAGGGGCUGUGGGACUCCAAAGAACUGACUGGCUCUUCCCCGGCCUGGGUG